AUGGCGGAGUUUGUUCGUGCUCAGAUCUUUGGCACUACUUUCGAGAUCACAAACAGAUACACUGACCUCCAACCUGUGGGAAUGGGUGCAUUUGGGCUCGUCUGCUCCGCAAAGGAUCAAUUGACGGGACAGGCUGUUGCCGUGAAGAAAAUUAUGAAACCUUUUAGUACCCCGGUGCUAGCGAAACGAACAUAUAGAGAAUUGAAGUUACUCAAGCACCUGCGGCAUGAAAAUAUUAUCAGUUUAAGCGAUAUUUUCAUUUCGCCACUUGAGGAUAUAUACUUUGUCACGGAGCUGCUCGGGACAGAUUUACAUAGAUUGCUCACCUCAAGACCACUUGAAAAGCAGUUCAUUCAAUACUUCCUGUACCAGAUUCUUCGAGGAUUGAAAUACGUUCACUCAGCAGGAGUGGUUCAUCGGGAUCUGAAACCAAGUAACAUCCUUAUCAACGAGAAUUGCGACCUGAAGAUUUGCGAUUUUGGCCUUGCGCGUAUUCAGGACCCACAAAUGACCGGUUACGUUUCGACGCGAUAUUACCGUGCUCCCGAAAUUAUGCUCACAUGGCAAAAGUACGAUGUUGAGGUAGAUGUAUGGAGCGCAGGAUGCAUCUUUGCAGAGAUGCUAGAAGGCAAGCCUCUGUUUCCGGGGAAAGACCAUGUGAAUCAAUUCUCUAUCAUCACGGAAUUGCUAGGCACUCCUCCAGAUGAUGUGAUCGAAACCAUCUGUAGUGUCAAUACUCUGCAAUUUGUCCAGUCCCUGCCGAAGCGGGAGCGGCAGCCCCUAAGCAACAAGUUCCAGAACGCAGACCCUCUUGCCAUCGAUCUCCUCGAACGAAUGCUAGUAUUUGAUCCGAAGAAACGUAUCACAGCGGGUGAUUCUCUGGCACACGAAUACCUAGCACCAUAUCACGACCCAACUGACGAGCCUGUGGCUGACGAGAAGUUUGAUUGGUCGUUUAAUGAUGCCGACCUCCCUGUUGAUACCUGGAAGAUCAUGAUGUAUUCUGAAAUCCUCGAUUACCACAAUGUUGACCAGGUAGCACACGAUCCAAACAAUCAAGUGCCACCCGACACCGUAGAAGGCGCCACCCAACAGGUCGUCUCUUAA